AUGAAGUGGACAGAAUAUGUAGUCGAAUAUUUUAUUAUAUCUAUCUACUUGUGUUCAUAUUAUAAACAAGUAAAUUCACUUGACAAUGGUCUACUUCGACAACCCCCAAUGGGUUGGUUGACCUGGCAACGAUUUCGUUGUGUUACCGAUUGUGAUACAUAUCCUGAUACAUGUAUUAGUGAAAAAUUGAUCCGAACACAAGCUCAAUUGUUAGUACAAGGUGGAUAUUUAGCUGCUGGAUAUGAAUAUAUUAUUAUUGAUGAUUGUUGGUUAAAUAUGACUCGAUCAGUUGAUGGUUUAUUACAACCUGAUAAUAAACGUUUCCCAAGUGGAAUUCGUGCAUUAUCUGAUUAUGUACAUUCUUUGGGAUUGAAAUUUGGUAUCUAUGAAGAUUAUGGUACAGAAACAUGCGCUGGUUAUCCUGGUAUACUAGGACAUUUAAGUGUAGAUGCUGAAACAUUUGCUAGUUGGAAAGUUGAUUAUUUAAAAUUAGAUGGUUGUAAUGCUGAUAUAAAAGAUUUCGAUACUGGAUAUCCAGCAAUGGAAGAUGCAUUAAAUGCGACUGGUGUUCCAAUAGCAUAUUCAUGUUCAUGGCCAGCUUAUCAAGAAUUUGAUAAGAUGAAACCAAAUUAUUCCGCUAUUGCACAUUCAUGUAAUUUAUGGAGAAAUUGGGCUGAUAUUGAUGAUUCAUGGGAAAGUGUUUAUUCAAUUAUACAAUGGUUUGGUGAUAAUCAAGAUCGCUUGUCACCAUUUCAUGGUCCUGGACAUUGGAAUGAUCCAGAUAUGCUUGUUAUUGGAAAUUAUGGUUUAAGUCCAGGUCAAUCACGAGCACAAAUGGCACUUUGGUCAAUAAUGGCUGCACCAUUAAUUCUCUCAGUUGAUUUACGAACAAUUAAUGAUUGGGCACGAGACAUACUUCUCAAUAAAAACUUAAUUGCUAUUAAUCAAGAUCCACUUGGAGCUAUGGGAAGACGUAUACUUAAAUUAGAUGGUAAUGUUGAAGUAUGGAGUAAACCAUUGCAAGAUGAUCGUACUGCAUUUGUUGCACUUUUUCCUCAACCAUACGGAACACCAAUUCGUAUCAGUAUUAAACUUAGUGAUCUUGGUCUAGGUCGAUAUCAGGAUUAUGAUUUAUUUGAAUUAUUUCAUGGUGAUUUUCUUGGUAAAUAUCAUUAUACCGAUGCAUAUAAUUUUACAAUCAAUCCAUCGGGUGAUGUACAUGCAUUUUAUGCUGAAUCAGCCGAACCAAAAACGAAAUUUCAUAAGAAAUUACGUCUUUAA